UAUUUUCUCUUAAUAUCUUGCUAUUUUUUGAUAUACAAGUAAUAAAGCAUGAGGAUUCAGGACAAGAAUAAGGCUAAGACAAAGCCAUCUUCCGCCGCCGGUGGUGGAGGAAAUACGAAUCCCACGCCGGCUCCGGUUGUUAGCAUUCAUGCUUGCGUGGAGUCCGGAGAUCUCACCGGCGUGCAGAGGCUACUCACCCAAGAUCCUUCUUCUCUAAACCAAAGGAGCAUUUUUUUGAUUCAAACGCCAUUACACGUUGCCGCUGGUCACAAUAGAAUUGAUAUACUCAAGUAUUUGUUGGAGUGGAAAGGAUCAGUGACACUUGAGUUAGAAGCCAAGAAUGUCUACGGAGAGACCCCUUUGCACGAGGCAGCCAAGAAUGGAUUCAAUGACGCUGUCGCGACACUUCUUCAACACGGAGCCAACAUCGAAGCCAGAACCAAUAACUCGAUGACUCCGUUGCAUCUCACGGUUGGUUAUGCGCUGACGUCCGGCGACAACUCGGUUGUCAAGACGCUGUAUGAAUACAAUGCUGAUUUCUCAGCAGAAGAUGAUGAAGGGAUGAUUCCAUUCAACUACCUUCCAUCCGGAGUCGAAAACGAUGAACUGAGGCUACUCUGCCAAAUUGUGGAAGAGCCAAAGGACUAUGAGGAGUGUGGAAUGAAGGGGAAGAUGGAUGAAUUCAACCUCGAGCUAUCGAAGAUUGUAGGGUUAGACGAGCUGAAGGCGCAGCUUCGAAAAUGGGCUAAAGGGAUGCUCUUGGACGAGAAGCGUCGCGCUAUGGGCGUAGACCUCGGGCCGAGGAAAGCCCCUCAUAUGGCUUUCCUCGGGAACCCCGGCACAGGCAAGACUACAGUUGCAAGAAUCCUAGGAAAACUACUCUGCUCUUUGGGGGUUCUGUCUUCGGACAAAGUAACCGAGGUGCAACGAUCAGAUUUGGUCGGGGAAUUUCUCGGCCAAACCGGUCCCAAGACGAGGACAAAGAUCGAAGAGGCGAUGGGUGGGAUAUUAUUUGUGGACGAGGCAUACCGCCUAACCCCCACGGACUCCGGAAACUCCAUCGAAUACGGCGUGGAAGCUCUUGAAGAGAUCAUGUCAGUGCUGGAGGACGGCGAGCUCCUCGUGAUCUUCGCGGGCUACACGGAGCCCAUGAGGCGCGUCUUCUCGUCCAACGCGGGCUUCUGCAGGCGCGUAACGCACUUCUUCCAGUUCGAUGAUUUCAGCUGCAGGGAGCUCGCGGAGAUGGUGAUGAUCAAGAUGAGCAAGCGGGACGAGAGGAGCCGGCUGUUCGGGUUUAGGCUCGGAUCCUGCUGCGGCGUUGAAGCGGUUGCUUCGGUUAUAGAGAGGAGGACGAGCGAGGCGAUGAGGAGUAGGAUGAAUGGGGGUUUGGUGGAUCAUAUGCUCAAUAAUGCGAGGGAGAGUCUUGAUUGUAGGCUUAGUUUUGAGGCCAAAGGUGAUGAGCUUUUGACAAUAAAGUUGGGUGAUUUAGAAGCUGGUCUUGACCAUUUGGUAAGGCGGUUGAAUCUUGAUGAGGUUAAGGUUUAAUUAGAGAGAAGGUGAAUGUUGGUGAAUCUUUUAUCUUGAUUUAGACAAGUAUAGAUCAACUCCAUGUAUGUGUGUGUUAUGUGAGCAACAUUCGACUUUAUUUUGUGUUGUUUCAUUUCUAUAAAUAUAACGUGUAAUGUUAUUUAUUCUAUUUUGUACAUUUAGUUUGCAUGA